GUGGUGGGGGGGGCUGCAAGCUGGACGCGGGGGCUGCGAGCGGCGGGCGACAGCCAGCCAUGGAGGGCGAGUAAGUCCGUAUUCAUUUUCCUUUUCAACAUUGUGUGUGUUCAGGCAGCCGGGCUCGGCACGAGACGGGCUGCCUGGACCACCGAUGUCUCUCUCGGUCUCUCUCACACACACACACACACACACACACACACACACACACACACACACACACACACACACACACACGCACACACACACGCACACACGCACACACACACGCACGCACGCACGCACACACACACACACACACACACACACACACACACACACACACACGCACGCACGCGGGCACACACACACACACACACACACACACACACACACACACACACACACACACACACACACACACACACACACACACACACACACACACACACACACACAAACACAUGCAGGGAUUCAGCAUGACGGCUUUGUGUGCCGCUAUUGGCAAGGAGGGCUUAGUGGGAAUAAACUGUAUUAGGUAGUGUUGGAUCAAUAGUAUACACCCCGGCUCCAGUAUGGGAUAAAGAUGUGAAGUCACCUGUGCUUUGUGCUGUAAAGCGAAUGGGAACACGAUUCCGAAUCGUGUUAUAUGCAAAAAUUACUCCAGAAUGUGUGUUCCGUGCUAAAACGCGUGGUAGACAGAUGAUAACAAUAGUCACUAAGUGCAGUGCAGUUCUUUACCCUUUCAAUAAAUCACUCAACGUGUAAAUGUAAGGAUGAAAAAAGAUCGCGAAAUGUGGCGAGUUUUGGCCAACAUCGCGUCAUUCCGGACAUGGCUACAAUGAGACGAAGGGAGGGACGAGGCGUUGGGAUUUCUAUCAACGUGUCUCGGGUUUCAUUAUGAUUUUUAAAGCCAAACUUUAUGAAUGAAAUGUGAUUUUUCUCGCUCUCGCCCUCAUCCUCACCCCUCCUCUCCUCCUUCUCGUUCUCGUCGCCCCCUCCCCCACCUCCUCUCGUUUCCUCUCCAUCCUCGCACCCACUCGUUCAUCCUUUCUCACGCCAUUGUAUUUUCUCCUCCUAUAAAACAUGACAUAGCCCGUUGUUUCGAAUCUAGCCCCGUUCGCCUCAAUUCCAUUCAUAAAAAAACACACACAACACAACACACCAGGGCGUGUUAAUGGGGGGCGGAGAGGCGAUACAACGUCUGGGAAAUAAUUGCAACAAUUAAAACGCAAAGUGAUGUACGAAAAAAGACACACACACACAGACACACUCAAACCCACACACCAACACACAUACAUAAACACACACACACAUACACGCACACUAAACCCUCCACCAACACAACCGCUGAUGGUUUAAAUGACCAUGUCGAAUUGAAUGCAGCCGGGUUGCCACGCGUGAGUGUGUAUGUGUAUGUUUGUGUGUGUGUGUGUGUGUGUGAAUAAGUGUGUGUGUUUGUGUGUGUGUUUUUGAAUGAGUGUGCGUGUGUUUGUGGCAGAGCGUUCUCAACACCAGGCCUCGAAAGGCGAAUGGGCGCGUUCAUUGAUACAUCUAUGUGGGAAACACUCAUUCUCUCUCUCUCUCUCUCUCUCUCUCUAUCUCUCUCUCUCUCUCUCUCUCUCUCUCUAUCUCUCUCUCGCUCUCCCUCUCUCUCUCCCACCUCCUAUUCGGUCAUCCUCUUAUCUUCUAUCUCCGCCACCGGUGUGCUAUCUUUCAGCACAACACUUCCUUGUUGCCCACUAUACCUUUUACAUGUCUGUUUGUGUAAGCUAUCACCAUUCCUCUCAUCCUCAUUUAUUUCACAUCAUGUCAUUUAUUUUCACCUAUUUUCCAAAAUAUGCUCGUAAUGUAAUGAAGCGCCCUCAUGAUGGAUGAUUACUCAGCAGCAUGCUCGCGACGUGGUCUGCACGUCCCUCAUUGUGUUAUCGCGCCAGGUCUUUUCUCAUUCACCUCGGACCACGUGAGGGUGCUUUCGGCGCUGUCUAUGUACAGUGUGUCCGGCCCAGCAGGGUGGCUACGUCUGCGUCCACCGCGGCGUGUGUGAUUUUGGGGUUCUUUGGCUGAAAUGUUCACCACCUCAGCAUAGCACAGAGAGUACAGGCCACUACUGUACCGAAAUCGUAAGCGGCCCCCUGCCGAAACAUCGCACACUGCGUCCUCAAAAUGGGUCUUGUCUGGGUGGGCGUGUGUCCGACGGUGUGUGGGUGUGUGUGUGACAGAAAGAGAGAGAGAGAGAGUGUGUGUGUGUGUGUGAGGGAAAGAGAGAGAAAGAGAGAGGGAUUGUUUGUGUUUGUGUGUGUGUUUGUGUGUGUGUGUGUGUGUGUGUGUGUGUGUGUGUGUGUGUGUGUGUGUGUGUGUGUGUGUGUGUGUGUGUGUGUGUGUGUCUAUAUAUGUGUGUGUUUGUGUGUGUGAUGCCUGAUGCGUGAUGCUGGUGGUCACCCUGACAUGGUUAAGUCCUCUCUCUUUCUGUCUCUCUCUCUCUUUCUAUCUAUCUUUGUCUCUCUCCAUGUCGUUCUCUCUCCCCCCUGACAGCGUGCGUGUGCGUGCAGUGGUGAUGACGAGGGACGACUCCAGCGGUGGGUGGGUUCCCCUGGGGGGCGGCGGCCUCAGUCAUGUGGUCAUCUGUAAGGGGCGGAGUCAGGAAGGCCGCGGGAGGAAGCAGUACAUGAUACGCGGGGAGCGGCUACGAGACCGAGCUCCCGUGCUGGAGUGCGUGGUGCAGAAGGGACUGGUGUACAACAAGGUGAACCCCAUCUUCCACCACUGGCGCGUGGACGAGCGGAAGUUCGGGCUGACCUUCCAGAGCCCCGCCGACGCCAUCUCCUUCGAGAAGGGCCUGCAGGGCCUGAUCGACAAGAUGGACAGAGGGUCAGACUCAACGUCCUCUUCCUCCACCCCAGAGGAAGGAGACACAGAGGACGACGGACAAGCAUCCCACACAGGAAGUGAGUCGUCGUCCAACAGCAGGAAGGAGAUGCUUCCUAAACCCAUCACCAUAGUAACCAGUGAGUCGUCCUCCACCUGCUUCGUGCGGCCUGAGGAAUUUGGCUUUGCCGCCGGACACGGUGUAACCACGCAGACGCCAGCGCAGAUCCACACCAGACCAGACCAGCUCUCGCAGGUCACGGCCGUGCUGAACCCCCCCACGCCCCCGCCCCCUCCCCCGGCACCCCCCACCCCUCCGUCGGGCCGGCCGGCCUCCUCCUCCGCCCCUCUCUCCCCCACCUCCCCCACCAUCUCCCUGCUGGAGGAGGGAGACCUGCGCAGCCUGGACCCCUGCAAGGACCUGUGGGGCUCGCGGGGCUACGAGGACUACCGGCGGGCCGCCUCCACCAGGACCAUGGUGGGGGGGCUGACGGGGGGCGUGGUGGUGGUGGGCGUCGGCGGGGCGGGGCUGCAGGACAAGUCGGAGCUGUGCGUGGUGCGCUUCGAGAAGGAGCCCGGCCCGGCGGGCUGCGAGGUCACCGUCAGCCUGGACAGCAAAGGGUCCCGCCAGCGGCUCUCCUCCUCGCCCACCUGCGUGGCCUCCUCCGCCCACCCCUCCUCGGGGGUCUCCUCGGCCGCCGGCUCCCCCCAGGAGACGGGCAAGUGCUCGCCCUCGCCGUCGCCCUGCUGCCUCCACGCCUCGCUGGCCAUGCCCCCCUCUCGGACUCGGAGGCGCGGCGGCGGCGGCGGCGGGAACGGGGGCGGGAGCGGGAGCGGGGGCAACGGGAGCGACCCCGGGGGCUGCACGGGGGUGUGCCCCGACGACGAGGACAGCCCGUGCCCGCAGGGCUCGUCGUCGUCGUGCUCGGCGCGCUGCGUGUACUGCCGCUCCGUGUUCAGCUCCUCGGAGAACGGGCGCGGCCGCUGCCGGGACGCGCCCGACCCGGCGCUGCACUGCCUGCGCCAGUGGACGUGCGUGUGGUGCGCCGAGAGCCUGCUGUACCACUGCAUGUCGGACUCGGAGGGGGAGUUCUGGGAGCCGUGCUCGUGCGAGGACUCACCGGGCGGCGGCGGCGGUGGCGGCGGCGGCGGCGGCGGCGGCGGCGGCGGCGGCGGCGGCGGCCACACGCUGUGCUGCGCCCGCUGGCUGGCGCUGCUGGCGCUGUCGAUGUGCGUGCCGUGCAUGUGCUGCUACCUGCCGCUGCGCGCCUGCCUGCAGUGCGGCGAGCGCUGCGGCUGCUGCGGCGGGAAACACAAGGCGGUGCGGUGA